AGAGGAGCCCAAGGUGGGGAUAAAGACGAUCAAGAUGUACUGCCAGAGGAUGCAGGAGGAGAACAUCACCAGAGCGCUGAUCGUGGUGCAGCAAGGCAUGACCCCCUCGGCAAAGCAGUCCCUGGUAGAUAUGGCUCCCAAGUACAUCCUGGAGCAGUUCCUGCAGCAGGAGCUCCUGAUCAACAUCACAGAACACGAGUUGGUCCCGGAGCACGUUGUCAUGACGAAGGAAGAAGUGACUGAGCUACUGGCCAGAUAUAAGCUGAGAGAGAACCAGCUCCCGAGGAUACAGGCCGGGGAUCCGGUGGCCCGGUACUUCGGAAUAAAGCGUGGUCAGGUAGUGAAGAUCAUAAGGCCGAGCGAGACUGCGGGCCGCUACAUCACCUACAGGCUGGUGCAGUAACCUGGAGCUGUCGGCAUGGACUUUGCUGUAACUCCUUGCUCUUCGCUAAGGACUUAUGCCGUGGAAGUAACCUGAAGCAACUGAUUUGUGCAGGGAGGAAGCGAGAGGAAAAAGGCUUUUGCUUUCCUAUUUUAUUUAUAGGAUCUUACUUUUAAUAAAGGUUUGUACUCUCGCUGUU